AAGACAAUUGGAACGAAGAGAAUCGCGCAGAUUCGUAGCCAACAGACGUAGAGGGAUUGACCAACAUCAACAAGUACUUCGAGCAUUUACAUCACAUUCAUUUCUUCGACUAGCAUUUCAGUUCAGUAUGAGCCUGAUGUUGAAUAUUACGCUCAUUCCAAAGUGGUAAUUGGUACAUUGGACAAGGAAUGCCCGCACUAUCAAGCCCUUAAAUUUAAAAAUGAGCCAAUUGGGACGUGUUGCUCAUCAGGAAAAGUGAAACUUCCAGAAAUUGAAACACCGCCGGAACCAUUGCACGGCCUCCUUAUUGGUACUGAUCCAAAUUCUUCGCUGUUCUUGCGUUCAAUUCGGCAAUUCAAUUCAUGUUUUCAAAUGACAUCGUCCGGAGCAACGGAAAUAGUUAAAAAUACUGCUGCAAAUGGUCAACAAUUUAAUUCCACAUUCAAAAUCAAAGGCCAAAUUUACCACAAAGUCGGCUCAUUACUACCAAUGCCAAACGAACCUUAUAAAUUUUUACAAAUUUACUUUAUGGGUGGCGAGGACUCCGAACGGGCACUCGCCAAUCGCGUGAAUACACGUUGCAACUAUAAUCACCUCAAUUCACCAUUUGCAACGCGCAUUGUCAGCGAGCUGGACGCUCUGUUAAAUGAGCACAACGAAUUGUUGAAAUUAUUCAAAUCACAUAUGCAUAAGCUACGAAGUGACAAUCACGCUAUUUUCAUCAAUCCUGAUAGAACACCAGCUGGAGGGCAUAUACGUCGAUUCAACGCACCUGUUGUUGACGACGUGGCUGGAAUCAUGGUUGGCGACCAUACAGCUACGCGACAAAUCGUGAUUCGAAGAAGAAAUAAUUCUCUUCAGUCCAUUCCUGAUACCCAUCGUUUAUAUGAUGCUCUCCAAUAUCCACUCAUUUUUUGGAAGGGACAAGACGGAUGUUGCAUAAACCUUAAGCAACGAGAUCCGGUAACAGCAAUAAAAUUACCAACCGCAAUUUUAAUUUUUCAAAAGCGGGCACAGCGAAGCGUGGCAGGGCAUGUGAACAUGCGCGUUCAAACGCUUCAGGAUCCAUCCGCCGAAACUUUUUCGAAACAGCUAUUAGAUAUUGGCAAUGGGAAAGUUGCCGUACAUGAAAAUACUGGAUCAAUAAAAUUACCAACCGGUUUUUGCACAAUCGUCCACUCGCAAGAUGUUCUCAUAGACUGUAUAUUUCCCGAUGUACACACACAAUAUAUAAAUCUUGAGUGGCUGGCAGAAAGAGCCAUUUUAGCAGCAAAAAAUGUGGACGUUCAUGGAUUAAAUUUCAAGAUACAACAAUUGUUGCCAACAGACUCUGUGUCAUACAAAUCUGUUGAUACAGUUUGCAAUACUAUCGAAGCUGUAAAUUACCCAGUAGAAUUUUUGAAUUCCUUGGAUUUGCCAGGCAUGCCACCGCACCACUUACAAUUGAAAGUAGGAUCUCCGGUGAUUUUGCUCCGUAACUUGAACCCACCACGGCUGUGCAAUGGCACACGAUUGGUUAUUAAAAAAUUAAUGAAGAACGUGAUUGAGGCCACCAUUUUAAAUGGCAAGUUUCAAGCUAAAAGGUAA